CUGUCACUGUCAGUGUCAAAAUAAAUAAAUUGUAAACAGACUUUAGCUCAUUGAAAAAAAUAACUAAUCUAACAAGAUUUUAGUGAAGUGAAGUUAAUAGUUAUUCUGUUAACUGACCUGUGAUUGUAAAUAGAAUGCUUUCCCGGUUAAGAAUCAGGCGUGAUAUAAAAUUCUUUGUGCGCUGUUUGUCAGAUAAACCACCAGAACAUGACGCCAAGAUGCCCGAGGUUAAAGCGAAAGACCCAAAGGAUGAAAAGAAAGAUGGUGCUGAAUCGAGCACAGAAAAAAUUCAGGCGCUCCUAAAACUCAUGAUGGCUGAGCCGCAAAUAUCUGACAGUGAAUACCGCGAAAGGUUUACCACAGCACCAGAGAGACCGAAGAAACAGAAGCCGGAUGUUAUUGAAGUUAAAAUGGAAAAAAUUGAGGAAAACAUUACAAAAGCAGCUACAGAAGUGGCGCAGGCUAUUGGGGGUAAUGUUAAGCAAACAGAAGCAGAACUGCUUUCCAGAGUGCUGGGCAAAAUCAACCAAACCACCACCACUCUUAGUGAUUUAAUAGUAGGCAUGAAGGUAGACAGAUCUAGGGACGCUGAGGAAACAGCACCUAGAGAGACCAGGGGACAGCAAGUUAAACGUUUAACAGAGAAAGCUAGAACUGUCACACAAAGACCUCGCUACAGCCCGAGGCAGCAGACAGAAGAACAAAUGCCAAAACAAAGAAAAAGUUUGGCUCAAGCAAACACCAUUGACAUAUUCAGUGGAGAGCCACUUGGAAUUUUCAAACCACAGCAAGUGAACUAUGGGACCAAGCUCGACGUGUGGGAACAGUUGAACCAACGAGAGCUGAUGUUGGCUACGUCUCAGCCGCCAGCUAAUUACUUCCAGAAGAUGAUAGUGUGGACUGAACAGGGGAAAGUGUGGAAGUUCCCUAUUGAUAAUGAACAAGGAAUGGAAGAAGAGCAGAAUGUUCACUUUUCUGAACACAUAUUCAUUGACUCGCACCUAGAGGGUUGGUGUCCAACUAAAGGUCCGAUCCGGCAUUUCAUGGAGCUGGUCUGCGUUGGCCUUUCGAAGAACGCUUUUUACACGGCGAAGGAGAAAUUCGAUCACAUUAUGUGGUACAAAGAGUACUUCGAAUCUAAACAGGAUGUACUCAAAGAAAUCGGCGUGUGGGAGUUAAAACCUACCAGUGGAACUAGUGAAGCUACUACGUAAAUUAUGUAAUUUAAUAUUAAUAUUAUUAAAUUAGGCUAUAGAUUAAAUUUAUAAGCAUAA